AUGAAAAUGAAAAAGGAUAUGAAAAAGAAAGACAAUUCCAACACAUUCAUCACAAUGUCCACAAUUUCUGACAAACUUUCAACGGACCAAAACUAUUUUUCCGUGCCGCCACCACCAAAACCAACAAGGAUAUGCGGGUAUUUUGGUGUACAUAAAAUUUCAAUAUUCGGGAUCUGUUUCAAUGCAAUCUUCCUAUUCGCUUUCUAUGUUUAUGGCCUGGUCCGUCUCAUUCAGAAAACCCCAAAAAACUAUGUGGAGUUCAUUGUAAUCUGCUCCAUCCUUAUCGUUCUCCUCCUCACAUUCAGUAUGCUUUUUAUAGUGGCAGUUUUCCGCUCGAGACCCAAAUUCUUGCUACCGUAUAUUGUUCUGAAUACGAUUCUGUUUUUUGCCUAUGCCGGAGCGGUAAUCGGAUCAACUAUAACAGUACCGGAUGAGAUUCGAGAAGAGGUUAAUGGAGAGGAUCGAAGCUACAAAAUUGCCGAUAUUAUUUUGUUACGAGUCGCCUUUUUGGUAUUCGGCGCAUUUGAGAUAUUCUUCAUCUACUCGUACAUCUGGACUUAUAUCGAUGUUCGGAGGUUGUAUCUUUUCAAUCAGAGAUAA